AUGGAAGGAGCCGCCAUUGUCGUCAUCGUCUUUAUAUCUCUUCGUUGGCUUGCGCAUAUUUAUUUAUUUCCCGCCUUUUCUCACUCUCUCUCUCUCUCUCUCUCUCUCUCUCCUCCCCAUUUUACCUUUCUUUCUUUCGCUGUUUCUUCUUUCCCCUCUCUCUCUCUCAUCGUUCUCAUUUUAUCCGUCUUUAUUCUCUCUUUUUAUUUCUUUUCUCUCUAUUCUUUCUUCUCCAACCUUUUCCUUUCUCUCCCCACUCCUCCACGUGCUACCCCCCGUUUUUUUUCAUUCUCUCUGGGGGGGGAGGGUUCUAUCCUCUGUCGUCUCUCUACUUCCUCUCUCCUCUUUUCUGCUUUUCUCUUCUAUACAUCUAUUCUCACAUCUCCCCCCCACCUCUGUCUCAUUUCAACGUUCUCCUCUCUGUCGUUCUUCUCAUUCCCCGACCACACGUCCGCUUUUUGCUAUCAAUACUCAACUUUCUCCCUCAUCUCACCUCUCUCUCUCUCUCUCUCUCUUUUCUCUCUCUCUCUAAUCUUUCUGCUUAUCAUUUUCUUUCCUCCCGCCGUUAUUUGUCUCUGUUAUUCUCUUUCUUUUUCCCACUCUCUUGUCUCUGUUGUCCCUAUUCCCCUUUUUCUCUUUCUCCUUUCUCCCACUCUUUACAGUCCUCUAUGCAUCUCCCUUCUUUCUCAUACCUAUUGCCUCUCCCUCGUUCACAUUAUCUCUCCGUUCUCUCUCGCUGUCUCUACCUCUCACUCUCUCUUUACAGUUCAAUGUAACACUUCUUUCUUUAAUCUAAAACUUUCACACACUUUUCCGAUAAUUUUCUCUCUAUCCCAUUACAUUUUUCUCUUUCUCUCUCUCUCUCUCUUUCUCUCUCUCUCUCCCUCUCUCUCUCUCUCUCUCUCUUUAUUUCUUUCUUGGGCUUCCUAA